UGCGAAGACAACUUUGCAGCUUGCGCUCGGUCUCCCGGGUGGCUUGCCCUCCUGGAGCCCUCCUGAGCUCGGUUGAAGUGUUCUUCCUCCUCCACGCGGCCCCUCCGAGUCCAUCAGCCUCCUCCCCUGUUGGAUCUCUUCUCCCCCCACUCUCUCUCUCUCUCCAGUGCUUGUUGGUUUACUUCUUCUUGACUGUGCUUGCCGCAGCACCUUUCCUCAUCCGCUCCGACCACUCACCCCUAUCCCUCACUCAUCAUCGAUCGUCACUCAUACAUACUCACCACUCAACCACCUCGAUCAGCCACUUCAUCUCACCUUAAUCAUCUCUUGACCAGAUAACUCCUCUCAUCUCGAUCGACCAGAACCACACUCAAACCGACAUAACCCUCACUUUUGAAGGAUCUGAUCAUGUCCGACUCGGCCGGUCUGGAAGAACCACGUCUCAGAAGUCCAUCUCCCGGUAGAGGUGGAAGAUUUGAUGAUGGUGGUCGACGCUCCCCUCCUCCACCCGGAGACAGGUGGAAUGGUGGAAAUGGUCCACCUGGAUCAAAUUCACGUGGAAGAUCUGUUGAAUUUGGUAGGAAACGACGGAGGGAUGAGUCUCCCCCCAGUCGAGAUCGGUAUAUCCCCAAUUACGAACGUGAGCCAUACAGAGAACGAGACAGACGAGAUUAUCCUUACCCUAUCCUUGACCAUGAUCGUCCAGUUCGCCAUGGCCCAAACCCCGAAGUCUUCGAUGACCCCUAUCGGCGUAGUGGAAAUGCUUAUCGUGACGACAUGUUUACGUAUUCGCCCGAUCGCGGUCUAUCAGGUCGUGGGGGACCCAAUCACUCUCGUUCCCAUCUAACACCACCUUCCGAGCUCCCCCACCUUGUCUCGUUUCGGUAUUUUGCUGAUUUCAUGCGCUCAACCUCCCCACACAUUGCCGAAGACAAAGAGAAACUUGCCGAGCAAUGGAAACGGUACCGUCAAGAUCAUACACGAAAACAACUUGUUGCCUUCUUUGAGGAAAAUAAAUCGAAAGCUUGGUUCCGUGAGAAGUAUCAACCUGGUCCCGAGUUUGAAGAACUUCGACAGCGAUUGAAGAAAAAGGGAAGAGAGGGCAAGAUUGAGAGUUUUAUUUCACGGCUAGAGAAAGGCGAUUUGGAUAUCCUUAACUACGAUUACGCCUCCGCUCCCACUUCAAUCAAGAGGCUGGUGGUCCCUAAAUCAUUGACAGAUCAGCUGGAAGACCGUGGUACUUCCGGCCUCAAGACUGACCCUGGUCCUGCCGCACCGUCAACUCAAGCUCCGACCACAAGUCAAGACGGCGAAAUAAAAGAAUCUACACUCCCACCAAAGCCAGACUCCGAGGUCACUACAGUUUCGGAGGUUGGCAAAGUCAAGACCGAAUCCGAUGCAGAUGUGAAAAAUGAGAUCACUUCGACCAACCCAGAUGCGGAGGGAGAAGAUUACGAAGAGCCGGAUGAUGAGUUCAGUGCAAGCAUGGCCGAAGCAUUGAAUGGUCCGAAUACAGGACUAGCGCCGUCCAGUGCGUUAGGAAGCCUUAUUGGUGAAAGCAUGAGAGGCAAAAUGGGCUCUGAUGAUAUCGUCAUCUUACCCCCUGCGGAUAAUCAGCUUUUCAUCAAAAGCAUCAGCCCCGAUAUCUCUCGUACAGAACUGGAAAACCAUUGCAAACAAGUGGAAGGGUUUGAUUACCUUGCCCUGUCAGAUCCCCACACCGGCAAGAAACUACAUCGGGUCGGGUGGGUGUCUUUUGUACCUGGUACUGACAUGAAAGCGGCUGAAAGCGCACUUGCAGAAUCAAAAAUCAAUAAUUUUACUCUACAUCUCAUGAGAACCGAACGUCCGGCGUUUCAGAAGCUACGUCUCUGUCCGGGAAUCAUGAACACACAUGAACGCAUUAUCAAGGAUUUAGGCCAGAUUCGCAAGCUUGCCGCUUGUUUUGAAGCCGAAUAUUUCGGAACUGGUUCGAAUCAGGAGAAAUGUGGUAGCACGGCCAUCGAAGCCAAAAUCAGCAAGAUGAAAGAUGAAACGGGGCAGAACCUCGAAUCAACAUCCAAGCAACCACCGGCAGAUACAGGCGGUGGUACCCCUACGCCCCAAGAUCCUGGACUUAAUCCUCAGGAUUCGGAUCUCAAACCGGAUCUACCUGAAGAGAAGAACGUGAUGCUCGACAAAAAGGCACUGGAUUUUUACAUAUACUAUCUCCGAACUGUAUUCAACUGUUGCUAUUAUUGUGUAUGCAUCUGUGAUUUCCAAGAAGAACUUUGUCGGAGAUGUCCCAAGCAUGUUCGGAAAGCUCCUUCCCGCCACCUUGAUGAUCACUCGACCACCGCCACCCCGCAAAGUCACAGAAGGAAUGCCAAUUCUCAAAAUUCGACCCAUCUCAAGUCCAACGAGAGCAAUUGGGCACGUACCCUAGACGACCGGGUUGCACUGAUCCUGACUCCAUCUGAAGUCGACCCUCGAGAGUUUGGUGGAGAAAGGAUUGAUGAUGAAAUACAUCGAUUGUGCCAGCCCUCAGAUAACCGACGAGGGUGCAGGGAAGUUCCGGUGUAAGAGCUGUAGCAAACUUUUCAAAGCAAUGAACUUUAUUGAGAAGCACAUCAUGUCUAAACAUGGUGAGGUGAUCAAUCAGG